AGUGUGCUUCCGGUAAGUUUCAUUCGUUCCCUCCGCAAAAUGGUUGAACCGCAUGGAAUAAGUGGUGUUGGAACGAAGAAGAAACGCGUUUCUAAGAAGAAUAAAAAAUCGUGGAGAAAACAUGUGAACACUAAAGAUGUAGAUUCUUUUCUGGAUGAUAAGAGGCUUGAAGAACGACUUGGAACUCCGUUUGCUGACCGAAAGGAUGACGAGUUAUUCCAGAUCGACAGAGAACCAGAUGGACAGCAGGCACAUCAUUUUAUCGGACGUGCAAAGAAACCGCUGAAGCCAGUAAAAUGUUUUGCCAUUCUUGAAGAACGCUCUGCAGUACCCGAUCCCAUAAAAAAGAGAAACCGUGUACGAACACCAGAGGAGAGAAAGCACCUAUUGCGAAAGAAAAUUGAAGAAGACAGAAAAGAGCGGGGUAUUCUCAACAAGAAACAGAUUAUAGCUCACAGAAACCGAGCCACAGCCAAUGCAAAUAAAACUAACAGACCAAAGAAAGGAGAAUUUAACGUUGACUUAUGGGAAGAUACUGACAAUGGAAUUGAAUCAGAACAUGAUGUGGAAUGGUUGUCUCCAACAACUAAGUAUCACAUAUUAAAGAAUACUGGAAAAAUGAAUAAAAAACUUCCUGACAAAUUCCUGACAAAGCCAUAUGGAAUCCCUGCAGUAGAAUCACCCCAUCCUGGUAUGUCCUACAAUCCAUCUUACAGAGAUCAUCAGGACUUGCUACAAGAAGUGGCCAACAAAGAAUUGAUGCUCAUCAAAGAAGAAAAACAUUUGAAGCGUGUCACUUCCAAAAUGUUUUCACGUGUUACAGAAGAUGAAAGAGAAAGUAUGAGGAUGAAAGAAAUGUCAGAGGGUCUUCCCGAAGCAGAAGGAGAUAAGACAAAACAGGAUGUAGAGGAUGGAAGUGAGAAUGAUAGUGAAUGCAGAGCCAUAAACCCUCCAGCUGAAAAUAGAAAGAAGACAUUAAAAAAGAGAAGAAAGUUAAAGGAAGCUCAGCUGAGAGAACAGCAGCGAAAUGAAAGCCGCUCAGAGAAGAAGAAGAUUUCUGAUAUAUACAGGACCAGGAAGGCAAACGUCAAGAGAUAUGAGAGAAAGAGCCAUAAAAUGGGAUGGGAAACAAAAGGGUAUUGAUAUAAUAUGUUGUGAAUUUCAAAUAAAUUAUAUGGAUGAAAUAAUGGUGCUAUUUUGUGCUCUUCCCUGCAAUUCAUUAUGGAUGGAUAAUAUAAUUGGUUGGAAGCAGCUUUCAUAUUUCUUGCACAGUGUUGUUUAAUUCAUUAGGUGAUGAUUUUUGCAUUGUAAACCCCUCAGUUAAAUAUGAAACAGCCUGUUUAGUGAGCUCUUGCUGUAUUAAUGAGAAAUAUACAACUAUUUGUGGCUCUGCUCCACAGUAAUCAAAUAAUAAUUAUUUUAAAUACUGAAUUGUGAAUAGGCAUCAAGAAUAGCAAGUGAGAUGCUGUUGCAUCUCUUAAGCAUUGAAAUAAUUUAAUGAUGAUUUUGAUUAAGGUUUUUUAAUACACAUCUAUUUUAAUAUUAUAAUUUAUAAUUAGGAAGGUUGUGUAGUUCAGCUGAGUAAUUGGAUGAGUGGCUGGUACAUCUUGGCCAGUAAAAUGGUGAUUAUGAAAUUACAAUGAGAAAUUGGAUUGAAAAACGUGAAAUUAUUGUAUUCAAAAAGAAUUUUGUUUAUUGAGGUUACUGAUGGCUGAAAUUCUUCAGUGUUCAGCUUAUGGUAGUUUCAGCAUUCAGACUUCUGAUACAAUAAAUAUCAGCAA